GUGACAGCCGUAUAAAGUGUAAACAUAUUUCAAGAAUUUCUUGUAUUCUCUAAAGGUUAAAAUAGUUUAAUUGAUUUUACUGACAUUAAGUUUUCUGAAUAUGCUUUAAGUAUAUUUUCCUUAUUAUUUUCAUGUGUUCACAGAAAGUUUCUGUUGACAUUCUGUCACAGAGUAUCAGCCAUUUUGUAGGCUUCGUUCCUAUAAUUCAUGUGGAGGGUUAACUUAAUAAAGAGAAAAUGGAAGAAGGGUUGGCAGACCCUCUCAGUUUAGCUAAGGAUGCUUCUUUGAUUAAAGAAGCCCAGGCUGUAUAUGGAAAGUUGGAUGUUCUUAUCUGUGGCAUCUGCCACACAGUUUUUCAUUUUAUUGAAGAAUAUAAUACCCAUAAAAGCAACAAUUGCCAAGAAUCUGCAGUUUCCAAACAAUGUGAGAAUGAUGAUAAAGCUGUUACCUGGGCGUUUUGCCUAUGGAAAAGUAGAGAGAUGAAAGAACAGGAUAUCGGAAUGUGGCCGAUGUAUCAAAAGUGGCACAAAUUACCUCAAGAAGAGAAAGAUUUAUGGAUUGCUGGUGGUCAGACUAUUCUCAGUCUUAAUAAGAUUCGUGUAGCUAAAAUGCAAGAAGUCAAAUUCAAAGUGAAACGAGAAGAGGAGAAAGAUCCAUUAGCGCUCACAGAAAAUGAAGAAAAUCCAGAUGAAAAAGAUUUAAAAAAUAAUUCGAAUAAAUCAGUAUUGUCAAAAUCUCCAAAGAUUAAUGAUAUAUCAAACACAGAAAAGGAAACAACUAAAGAAGAACUAAAUGAGUAUGUUGUUGAAUCCAUUGUAGGAAAAAGGUUCAAUGCCAGGAAAAAGACCUGGGAAUAUAAGGUUAAAUGGGAAAAUUGGGAUGAAUCUCAAUGUUCGUGGGAGCCUAUGGAGCAUUUGUCUGGAUGCAAAGCAUUAAUUAAUGUCUUCGAAGACAAAUUGAAAAUGGAAAAAGAAAGAAAAAAAUUAGCAGAACAAGCAGUUAAGCUGGCAAAAGUGAAGACUGAAGUGAAAACUGAUGAUGAAUCUGUAGAUUACGGAACUGGAAGGCGUCCUCAAAGGAGCAGUAAGAAAAAGGCUCUACAUCAAGUCAAAAGAUGGUUGGGAGAAGGAGGAUCUGAUAAUGAUGAUUCCAAAGACAGUAGAAAAAGAUUACACAUGGACGAUGAUAGUGACGAUAUGUCAUUUGAAAAAAGAAUGAAAUUAGAAGAAGAUUCGGACGAUAGUUUAGAUGACGAAGAUGAUGACAGGCCAAGGAAAUCUUUGUUGAAGCAAAAUAGUUCUAAUGGAUUGGGAGGAAAGAAAAUACCAAACAAUGUUUUGAUACCAGACGCUCAAGGUGUAGUGAGAAUAAAUCAAAAGCAACUGCCCUCAUUAAGUUCAGGUGUAUAUAUUAUGUCAAAAACUGCUGGGAUCAUCAAGCUGGAUUCUAAAACAUCGAAAAUAGCGGCAAGUGGUGGACAGGCUGUUGUUAAAGUAGCUCCGAGAAUAGGACAAACGCACAUAAGAAUAGUCAAGAAGGAUGGGGCCACUGCCAAUAGAAUUAUUCAAAUGACCCCAAAAUCAAAAACAGCUGGGUCUGGAACUCCAAGGCCAGUGGUGGCCCACAAAGUAACAAAGCUGGUUAGAAAUCCAACUUCAAAAAUAAAGUCUGAUUCUAAAGCUGAUGAGAAGAAAAACACAAAUUCUUUAGGUGAAAUGGACGAUAUGAGAGAAUCCCAAUCUGCUGCAGAUGAUGAUUCAGACUCGGGACUCCCUGAACUAGAGUUUCCAGCCGAAAUCAUUCCUCCAGAACCGGAAGAACCUCCAGGAGAAUUUACACUUGAUCCAACUACUGGAAAAAUAGCGGGUGUGGAAUAUCCAGAAAACGAGCUUGAGCAUGGAACAACGACAGAAGAUAACAAAGAAAAUUCCGAGAAUACUUUGGAUAAUAUUGUAAAGUUGGCAGCAGCUGAUAUUACUGAAGCCGACCUGAAACCCGAUUUGGGUGAGAAUAUAAUCGAGACGAAUCCUGAUCUGCAAGGAACAUCUCAAACUAUAUUGAAUUUAGAAGAGAAGAAGCCUGAAAUGCAUAGACUAGAAGUGAUGAGAGCUCGGAAAGAGCCCCCUCCUAUGAGUAAAAUACAACAAAAAUUCGUUAUUUCUCCUAACAUAAGAAGCUCAAAUAUAUUAGAAAGAACAUUACAAACUCCACGAACGGUAGCAAAAACAUCUGCCAGCUAUUCAAGACAGGUAUACACGAAAUCGCCCCAAAGGAUAAUUAAUUCGGCUAUGACUCCUAAAUUAACAUCUCCCUUGGUGCGAACAGUGGUACGUAGUUCAUACACUACUAAACCUAAGUCUGUAUUCCCCAAACAGAGGGUUUACAUGUCGGCUCCUAGUAAUAAAUUCAGUGAAAGUAUAAUCAAACAGCCCUAUCCUCAGAAAUCAAAUGUCAAUAAAAGAGUUGGUAAUAUUGGUGGUACUACAAUAUAUAAGCGAUCCUCACAGCAGAAUAAAAUGUCUGCCAAUCCUAAAGUAUUUCCAAGGACGAAUGUGGUAAGAAAACCGUCACCCCUUGUUCGGACAGUCGUUCAAAAAAGUCCUAAGCCUGUUAUCAAUAUGCCAUCAUUGAUGGAUGACGAUUUACCAAUGCAACCUGUUAAUGACAACAUGCAAAUGGUUCAGAAGGUAGAAAUGACACCACAAGAUACACCAGAACCUGCAAUGACAGUUGCAUCAUCGGCUUCCACUGCAGAAGCAGAUAUUUCUUCAUUUACUGCUUUAGGAGAUGGAGAAGCUCCCAUAUUCAUUACAGGAGAUGAUGGAACUGUCUAUCAAGUAGCAGGACAAAACGAACAAGGACAAACGAUACUCAUUACACAAGGACCAGAUGGGCAGCAGCAAUGUUUGUUGGUUACAAGCGAGAGUGCUGGUCCUGAUGAAAAUCAGGAGGCUCAAGAAGAAGCAACAACUCCUCAAGUUGCAACUAUGACUGAGGGUGGUGAGUUGCCUAUACAGCAGACUGAAGGUAUCGUGGACGAGAGCAGUGCUAUUGAAGAAACACAGACCAGUGCUCAAGAACCUCUUACUGUUAAAACUGAGCCAGACUCGACUUCUGAAGUUGUUGCACAAUUCGUUAGAGCAGUACCACCUAGUCCAGGAGGAACUCCGAAAGUCAUGGUGAUGCUACCUGAUGGUAAUCUUGUAGUAACACCUGUAACAGCUGAAGAGUAUGCAAGUUGGCAGGAGUUGGAAAAGUAGUAGUUAUCAUUUUAUAUGUAAUGUUAUUAUGAUGUAAGAUAUUAAUAGUUUGUGAGCGAUGCCUGGAGUAAUCUUCUUCUAUUGGAUAGUUUAUUUAUUAUAAAAAUCUGUUUCAUCUUUUAAUUUUCUUUGGAAUAAAUUUGCAUUUAUGUAAUUCAUAAAAAUGCAAUAUUUUUCAAAAAACAUGUAUAUAUUAUAUGUAAGAAAUUAUGUUAUAAGUUCUUCAUUCAAAUAAAUCUUAUACUUUAUUGA